AAAGCGACGCGUUUAAACGAUUCGUAAAUUAUGAGAAAUAAAUUUUAUGAAAAAUAGGCAAGUAUUUGUAAUUAGUUUGACUUUGGUUCAAAGCCGCAAGGGAACAUCGUAGUAGCAGCGCCACUUAUUUCUGCUGAAUGUUCCGCUCAUUUCUUGUUACAAGUAACGGUUAGGUAAAAAAAGGAUAUUGGAUACCGUGGCAUAAGUUUAGCUUGUAAAAAGCUUUUGCUUGAACGUGAUUCGAAUCGAGGAUACGAUCGUCGUAUUUCGCGUAAUACUAAUAAUUCGGGAAGUAAUUGAUUGUAAAAAUUAUCGUAAAAGAGUGACAAGAAAAUUCAGACAAGUGGCGCGUCUGUGCAAACGGCUCCUCUUUGGUUGCAUGACGUAAUUGUAUUGAUCGCGGAAGAAGAGCCGAAAGUCGCGCAUUCGCCAUCUUGGACGAAUUGUGGAAAAGAAGUUUCUGUGUCUCGCAGGCGCGGUAACGCUUGUAAUAAUUCUAAUCCGUGACAAUCCGGACAUUAAUUAAUUUAACUGGGAAUUAACCCUUUUGUGAAUUAGAAACCCAUUUGGAGCGGACCAAGACAAAGGGUUCGUUCUUUGGGUCUGAUUGGUACUAAAUGGUUGCCUGCAGACAGCAUGUCUACUCUGUCAGGGCUUGUGUCGAAGGGGGAGAAAGGAAAAUCCAAGUUUCAAUCAUUAGACAUCAAUAGCUUGUACCGGGGAGAAUCUUUAGAACAACAUCAACAGAAGAACACAUUGCCACGCAAACAUGGAAUGCAAAGUCUUGGGAAAGUGCCUUCGGCACGGCGACCUCCUGCUAAUCUGCCUAGUUUAAAAAGUGAACACAGCAGUAACGAUCCAGCUGUCAGUCUUGUACCAAGCGGAGGGAGUGGUUGGGCCACUACCAAAGAGUCAACAACUACCACUACUGCUACAACCACUACGACUGUAACUGCAUCAGAUAUAUCUACUGUAAAUUUCGUAAAAGCAAAUUCCUCAACAGCACAAUGUGUGACAGGAACUAUCACGACAUCAUUGCAUCCAUUACUGCCAGGACAACAAAAUACUUCACAGUCUUCAUAUUCUUCCGAUGUAAACAACAAAUCGUCAUGGAGUGCAAUAAUGAGCAGAUCUGGAGAUGGUAUGUGUAGCUAUGAAAAAAAGUACAUAUAUGUAAUGAUGUAAGAUAUUUAUCUAAGUAUGUUUUUUUCCAAA